AUGGGGCCGCGGGCUCCGGCGGCGGCGGGCUCGGCGCAGGCACGGCCGCGGCGGCCGCAUGCAAAUCGGCUCCCUGCCCCCACGCCCCUCCCCCCGAGAGCCCGCCGAGCGGCCUCCUGCGCGCCGGGGCCCCGCGCCCGCUGCUGCCGCUGCCGCCCGCCGCCUGCCUGCGCCCCAGCCGCGCCGGCAUCCUCGGGGCGCCCGCCCGCCGCUGGGCCUCGCGCCGCCUUCAGGGGCCGCGCCGGGCGCCGGAGAGCCGCAUUCCGACACAGCGGUCGGCCCGGCGCGCCGCGCUCCUCCGCGGCCGCUCCGCGCGUCCGGGCGGCGAGGUGCACCUGUUCUUCAGCCGGCCCGCAGCCAACCCUCGGCCAGCACUCCCGGGGAGAAACCAAUCCGAGCGCAGCGCGGAGGGCGAGCGGCCCGGCUCGCCGCGCUCCCGCCGCCGCGAGUCAAACUCCGGCGAGCUGCGCCGCCGCCAGCGCCAGCCCGGCCGGGGCGCACGGGCUCCGCGCGGGUGCUGCCGAGCCGCCUCGGAGGGGUGCCAGGCAGCCGCAGAGGAUUCGCAACCGCUCCUGGGCGCCGCGCCCGCUCACGCCUGGGGAGGUGAAGCGGGGGACCGCGUCGGGGAUGCCGGGCGACGCGCACCCCGGCCGGAGGCGGCUCCAGGCGGGCUCUGGCGGCCGCGCGGGCGCGGUGUGUGCAGAGCCGGCGCGGACGGGCUGGGCUGUAGGCGGAGUAGCGCCUCCCACCAACACCUAAGGGUGGCUUCUUAAUGCGCGCAAGAUAAAGAAAUGAUCCAAGCAACCCCCGCUUGGAAGUGUGUGGCAAAAGCAGCUCCCGACCGAUUGUGAGCCCGUCUCCUGUGCGGAUCCAGUGGGGUCGAAGACUGACGCUGCGGGGCGAGGGAGCGGGGGGCGUGUGCGCGUGGGAGGGUGCCUGUGCGCCCCCCUGCCUGACGGCGGGGACUGCUGCAUGGAGGGCCACCUUUCCCUCCGAGUUCCUGGGAGACAUGCCUGUGAAGCAGAGGAGCUUCGUGCAGUUAGACCUGGCAGGUGGAGAGCCCAACGGUACACUAAAAAGACUGCAGAGAGCAGAGGAUGCAUUGAAACUGGAAGCCCCUGGGAUUUGGUGCCUACCCGAGUAUUUUGCACAGACACGGUUAAUAAAUUAUGUUUGAUGGCAGUAAUGUGGCUGUCACCUCUUUCAGCUCUAACAUUGAGACUUUCCUCUUCGGAAAGCUUUUGAUUUUUAGUUUGCCCUAAUCCAGAGUGCUGAAUUAUGAUUCCAAAAAUUGUAAGUGAAAGAAGUACCACAAACCCUUGAAUCUGUAUUCCGUCAGCUUUCCAGUGCAAGGCCUAGUCCUCUUACGUAAAAAUUGACCCAAUCUCUACUUUCUGUGGGUGCUGGGCAGUUACUGGCCAGCCUUUCCUGUAUAGCAAAUAAAAAUUAGCUUUCAUGCAAAACAUUGUGAACUUAUAGCAGGUGCUGCUGUCAGCUAUGUGAGAUAGAAAGUCACUUUUCUGAAACACUCCUAGUUCAUUGGCCGCCCAGUGUUCCUGUGGCCCCCCAGCUCUUUGCCUGCUGAAGUAAAUCCGGUGUAG